AUGUCCGCCGCGGAUCAGCUGUUACGUCCAUGGCGGAAUCCCGGUGAUAUUCUUUUCCUCCUUCUGCUGAUUGGCGACAACACGGUUCAGCAAGCCAUCGCUCAGCUAUUUGGAGUCUACGUCCAGCCAUAUAAACGCCUCCCUCGGAUUUACGUGACAUUUGUGGCGUUUUCUUUUGGAUGGGUUGCAUGUGCGCUUACGUCGCUCACGUCGGCAAUCGGCGACAAACAGUUGAUGCCACCGACACCAGACUGCCCAACUAUGAUGGCCAACCGUUCCUGGCUACUUGGAAGGACUCUUCACGAAUAUGAGCUGUUCUUAAAGUCUCAGCCCGGUGAAGAAGUGGCCAAAUCAUCGGAUGAACAGGUAUUAGGCGAUGCUAGCUUGGGGGAUCAUGGCCCGCUCAAAGUCUCACUCCGCAUUGAUAUUUUAUUAUUAGUGAACAUGGAGAUGCGCCCCUCCAGAUCGAACGUGUCUAGAAUUAGGCUGGAUAACCAUCGCAAGCGAGUUCAGAAUUUCAACCAUUCCGGGGCGUCUAUGGCAACUGGGCGAUCUUCGUGA